UGUGAAAAAAAAAAAACAUAAUUUAAAAAAAGUGAGACGGAAAAGGAAGCAAAAGAAAAAAUUUCCAUUUAUUCUUAAAACUUUCUUUCUAUGUAUUUGGUGUUUGUACAUAUGUGCAUGGGUUUGUGUGCGUGCAUGCGUGAUAUUUAAGUGUAAUAAGUGCAAAUAACUGUUAAACGAAAAAUGGCUUUGGAUUUGUUAAAAGAUCCGAAUAUUAUUUCACCCAGCAGUGUCUUCUACUUCUUGUUAUUUCCAAGCAUUCUUCUCUGGUUCAUGUAUUGGCGUUUAUCCAGGCGUCACCUCUAUGAGUUAGCUGCAAAACUACCUGGACCAAAAGGUUUACCAAUUAUCGGACAUUUAUUCGAUUUCGUAGGACCAGCCGCUUGUGUUUAUAAGACCGUUGUACGUAAAAGUGCUGAAUUUCCUCAUUUAGCAAAACUUUGGAUUGGUCCGAAAUUAUUAGUAUUUAUAUAUGAUCCGCGAGAUGUUGAAUUAUUGCUUAGCAGUCAAGUUUAUAUAGAUAAGGCUUCCGAAUAUCGAUUUUUUAAACCUUGGCUCGGUGAUGGCCUUCUAAUAAGUACAGGUCAAAAAUGGCGAUCACAUCGUAAAUUAAUUGCACCGACAUUUCAUUUGAAUGUUUUAAAGAGCUUCAUAAAUCUAUUUAAUGAGAAUUCAAAAAAUGUUGUACGCAAACUCGAAACGGAAAUUGGCAAAACUUUCGAUUGCCACGAUUAUAUGAGUGAGGCUACGGUAGAGAUUCUAUUGGAGACUGUUAUGGGUGUAUCGAGGAAAACGCAAGAUAAAUCGGGUUUUGAAUACGCUUUGGCCGUUAUGAAAAUGUGCGACAUCUUGCACUUAAGACAUCGCAGUAUUUUCCUAAGAAAUGAAUUCAUAUUUACUUUAAGUAAAUACUACAAGGAACAGGGACGUUUAUUGAAUAUAAUUCACGGUCUCACCAAGAAAGUCAUAAAAAGCAAGAAGCAAGCCUUCGCCAAAGGUGCUCGAGGCUCGUUGGCUGAACAUGAAUUGAAUGAAAAUGGCGAACUAAUUGUGAACAAUUCGAAUGAAAACAAAGGCCAAAGUCAGGCGGAUGAAGAGCUCACAACAACAGUAGAAGGUUUACCAUUUGGCCAGUCAUCGGGUUUACUCGACGAUCCAAAUAUGGACGAUAAUUAUGUGGGUGAAAAGAAACGUUUGGCAUUUUUGGACCUAAUGUUAGAAAGCGCUCAAAAUGGUGCCUUAAUAACGGAUACAGAAAUUAAAGAACAAGUAGAUACAAUAAUGUUCGAAGGUCACGAUACAACUGCUGCGUGUUCCUCAUUCUUCCUAUCGUUGAUGGGCAUUCACCAGCAUAUACAGGAAAAAGUCGUAACUGAAUUAAAUGACAUUUUUGGCAAUUCCGAUCGGCCGGUUACUUUUCAGGACACUUUAGAAAUGAAAUACUUAGAGCGCUGUUUAAUGGAAACUUUGCGCCUCUAUCCACCGGUACCAGUGAUCGCUCGCGAAUUACAAGAAGAUUUAAAAUUAAUAUCAAAUAAUUAUAUUAUACCUAAAGGAGCUACCGUUACCGUCACCACCGUUAAAUUGCACCGCAAUCCUUUAAUUUAUGAAAAUCCUAACGUUUUUGAUCCCGACAACUUUCUACCCGAGCGACAAGCCAAUCGUCACUAUUAUGCUUUCAUACCUUUCUCGGCUGGACCGCGCAGCUGUGUAGGCUGGAAAUAUGCUAUGCUAAAGUUGAAAAUUCUUUUAUCCACCAUAUUACGUAACUAUCGUGUACAUUCAGAUCUAAAGGAGUCGGAUUUUAAAUUGCAAGCUGAUAUAAUUUUAAAACGUGAAGAAGGUUUUCGUAUACGUUUAGAGCGCAGAAUGUUAUAACAUGGAUAACCUACUGUUUUUACAUAUACAUACAUUAUUGUUGUAAAGCUGGUACCAUGUCUUAGCUCUAUUUAAUUUUAGAUUUGCAUUUACAAAUUUAAGACAGUAAUUAAAGUUCGUUAUUUUUAAUUAAUCUUAGAUAAUUGAAUUAAUUUCCAUGGGUUAACAUUUCAUUUUAAUUAAUAAUUGACAUCAUUUAUGGCGAACUCCGAACAUUUUAUUUCACCAUUCAAGUCAACGUGAACAGCAAGAUCAAAUAAUUGCUAUUCACAUAUUUUUUUUUUUUAAUGACGAAUCAGUCAAGGGAUGUCGCCUAUUUGUGUAACACGGUGACGGCCAGUAAUAAGAAAAAGUGAAGAAAGGGAAUGAUAUAGAGAGUGGUCUAGGUACCCAAUAAAUAAGUAAGUGAAUGUUAUGUCUUUAUCGACUAAACAUUUAAUAUAGCUAUGACCAAGAUAAACUCUACCGCAUUGAGAUUUGAAUCCCUCCGUGAACACUGGCUUAUUAAGCCGACUCUG